AUGGCAGAGGCUCUAAGGGACCUACUGGCUCCCGAACAGAAGAACGAUCCCGCUGCUUUGGACUAUCUCACCUAUCUUGCCGAACAGCAAUCCAGCUUCCUGCAGACAUCAGAGCCUCAAGUGCUGUCCCAGACUUCGCAUUCGCUACUCCUCGCCGUACAGGCCCUUUCGAAGAGAUCUCAUAAACCUAUCGUCGAUUCAGCAGCGAGCCAUGCUUCUUUGAAAGAUUCUCUCCCGGCUCUAGCUCAGCGAGCUUCCGAUCUUGUUCAAGCAGUGCCUCGUCUAGAUGCACAAGCUGAACACUUCUCAUCGGCCUUCGGCAAGGCCAGUGACAGCAAGCUGCUCGCGCGAAGGAAGCAGGCUUUGUUACUCCUUAGAAACUCGGAACGACUAGUCGAUGUCAUGGAAAUGCCUUUGCUUCUCUCUUCUGCCGUUUCAGCUGCCCCAGUCAAUCACUCCACUACGCUCGAGCUCUACGCACACGUUCGACGUCUAGCUUCCCUCUAUCCAGAUUCACCGCUUGUCAUCUCAGUAAUGCAAGAGGCCGAUGCAGCUAUCCGAGAGAUGGCAGCAGACCUCAUUGGAACCCUCAAAGCACCUAAUCUUAAACUGGCUGCAGCUAUCAGAACGAUAGGCUGGCUGAAGCGUAUCGUCCCUGACCUGGUUACUGACGCCUCGACAGAGGACGCACUUCCAGCUGUGUUCUUGGUCUGCCGUCUAUCUACGCUCUUGACGACGUUGGAAGCAUUGGAGCCUCUACGGGAUUUGGCAGACGAGGAACGACUUCGAAAGGACAAGGCCACUAGCACAUGGUCGGGCGGCCAACAGACGGAACGCUACCUGAAGAGGUUCAUCGAGAUAUUUCGAGAACAGAGCUUCAGUAUUGUCUCUGUGUUCAAGAGUAUAAACUCAAGCUUCUCCUCCCAGACAUCCGAUAGCAACGAUCCGUUGGGAUCACUGCCCUCUCCGAUGGCCAAUUUCCCUUUGCAUAUGGUCGAGAUGCUUGUGGAAACUCUGCGCAUUUACCUUCCCACUGUCAAAGAUCAAACAUCAAGAGAGAGCAUCUUGACACAGGUACUUUACUGCGCGGGAAGCUUGGGUAGGCUGGGAGCCGACUUCGGCAUGCUCCUCGCUUCGAUCGGUGUUGUUGAAUGGGUUGAACUCGUCAAACGCCAUCGUCUCUUAGCUGGACGUCUUGAAUCUGUCAUAGGCGAUUAUCGGGGCAGCCAGGCUGGUACCGGUACCGGUGGCGUUGGCGCAAAUUGA